AUGUUUGGGGCUUCUAUUUUACUGGACAACCUACCGCGACCAGGCCUUAUGGGAGCGCUACAUCACAUAUUUACGCGAAUGCAUGCUGGGAGACAUAUCAUACAAUGCAAACGCUACCUAUAUUCGGCCCUACCAUCGCCUGUCAAUAAUCGAAGACCCAGAACUCGACGGCAUGUCGAUCUGGAAUGUCAUGCUGCGGUUCCAAAUUUUGGGCUGAAGGUCUAUCUCAAAGUGCCGACCCUGAGCAAGAAAUUCCGAUUGUUGGAAAACGCGACCACAGUCGUUUCGGUUACUGCCUCAUUGUCGACGAUGACUAUUUAA